UAAAAUCGCGCGACAAAAGUUUACACGAUUAAAUUGUCGCGAUCGCGACGUCGCUGGUCAAAAAUCCCUUUCUAUCUUUUUUAUGGGGCGACAAAAUCGCGCGAUAGCUGUUGAUCCAUAGUUUAUAAAACUAAUUUAUAAUAAAAUUAAAAACAAAGUUAAUAAUAUAAUUGUGCUAUUUAAUUUGUCAUUAUGUAUUGCUUAGAAAGUUUGGAAUAUUCGGAGUGGUACAAGAAUUACUAUUUACCAUAUUAUGAAUGGUACAUAGAGUGUUGUACAAUAAGUGUUAAUAAUUACAUCAAUAAUGAAGUGAAUCGAAAGAGGAAAGCUGCUAUAACAGUUGCACUUUUAAUGAGUAAUAAAAAAAAACAAUAUAAGAAAAAGAAGUAUUGGAUAGCACCUAUUUUGAACAUAAGAGAAACAAGUGGAUUUUUUAACGCAGUAUUUCCUACUUUACGAUUAGAAGACUUACGAUUUCAUAAUUACUUGAGAAUGUCUGCAACACAGUUGGAAAAUUUAUUACAAAUAGUUGGAGCUGAUUUAUAUAAACAGUAUGUUAUACGAGAACCUAUUGAAACAGCUCAACGUUUAGUGUUAACUUUAAGAUUUCUUGCAUCUGGUGAUUCCAUAACUUCCAUGUCUUACCAAUAUUUAGUUGGUAUUACAACUGCUGCUAACAUCAUCUAUGAAACUUGUGAAGCAAUUUGGAAAAAUAUGCAACCUAUUGUAUUGCCGUCAAAGAUUAAUGAAGAGAAGUGGAUUAAAAUUAGUGAGGAGUUUGACAACAAAUGGGAUUUUCCACAUUGUAUUGGUGCAAUUGAUGGAAAGCAUAUAGUAAUUCAGUGUCCAAGAAAUGCUGGUUCGUCUUACUAUAAUUAUAAGGGGAGCCAUAGUAUAGUUCUGUUAGCAGUUUGUACAGCAUCGUAUAUUUGUUCCUUUGUGGAUAUUGGCUCGCAUGGAAGGAGAAGUGAUGGAGGUAUUUACAAGGAGAGUAAUUUUGGCAAAAAAUUUGAAAAUAAUGCGAUGAAUGUACCUUCAGCAUCACCAGCAUUCAACAAUGGACCAACACUACCUUACUGUAUUGUCGGAGAUGAAGCUUUUCCUCUUAAGCCAUUUUUACUUCGACCUUACCCAGGAAAGAAUGUAACUACACAAGAGAAACAAGUGUUUAAUUUUCGUCUAGCUCGUGCUAGACGUACCAUUGAGAAUACCUUCGGCAUUAUUUCUAGUAGAUGGCGAAUAUUUAGAAAGCCAAUUUUAUCAAAUCCAAGAAAUGUUAUACAAAUUACACAGGCAGUUAUAUGCCUUCAUAAUUGGUUACGAAUUGAAGAUCUUGAAAAUGAAGAGUUAAAAUCAAAAUAUGUAACAACGGAAUUAGUGGAUAGAGAGAAUGAAGAUGGAAUAAUUGAAGGGUCUUGGAGAAGAAUAAUAGAUGAUGGAUCGGCUUUACAGGACAUUAAUCGUAUUGGAAAUAAUGCGAGUACGCGAGAAGCCUUUGAAAUACGAGAAAAAUUCUGUGACUACUUCAACAAUGAAGGAUUAAUUGCAUGGCAGUAUAAUUAUUUAUAAAUUAAUUAGUUUUAAAUAUUUGUAAUAAUUGUAUUAUAUAAUAUACAUAUUAUAUAGUUUAUAUGAAUUUCAUAUUGUAUCGUAUAUUUUUGAAAAAUACAUUUUAAUAUUGUUAUAAAUUAACAAAUUUAUGAACUUAUGAUUUUAUAACUUAAAAAUAAUAAACAAAACUGCAGAUUCUUUCAACUAACACAAUAACUAUAAGAACUAUUAUCUCCACUCUCAUGUUAAGAUUUUCUAACUUUUUUUUUAAUAUUGUCAGAAAUAUUGCUUUGUUCCUAUUUCCAUUAUAAAAUAUUAUA